GAUGAAGUGAUGCUGAGAAGAAAAUGUGUUCCAACCUGGCACUUGAAUAUUUCUCUCAGAGAAUCCAGACCGAACUAAUUAACAUAAUACCGGGUCGCUAAACCAUGACAUUGCAUUUUAUCUGAAUGUUUUGGAGGCAACGUUUUAUUUCCUGUAGUAGGUUAUUUAGAUAAAUGCAGUUUCAGAAAAUGAAAAGCAAAUAAAAACAUGCCGAAGUCUCUGAAAAAGUCCUGCACCACUCAGACGUCCAUUAGCAGGUACUUUGGAGGACUGAGCAGCAGCAGUGCCUCUAACACUCAGUGUGGGAUCAACCGAAGUCCUGCUGAGCAGCAGCUUUCAAGAAGGAAGCAGAAACAUUCUUCUGGUAAUGAUAGUGGAUUGCCAACAAAACGAGCCAAGCUUUCUCCACAAGAUCAACGGGUGGAGGAUCAGCACCGUGAACCUGCAGCUUGUCAGAACAUUAAUGAUUCAAAGCUAACAUUGAGUAAAGCAGCUGGUGGCCUCUGUUCCUCCACCUUGGAGAAGCUGAAAGGCUUCAGCUCUUUGGCUGAGCCCGGUGUCAGGCACAGUGACUCUCAGAGGAAAGAAAAGACAGAUAGUAGUGUCAGUAACAUCUGUGACCAAGGAAGCAGCGUUUGGCCUCCUCAGGAUGUUACAGAUCAUCACAGCAAUAGAAUCAGACUUCAAGAGAUAGAGGAGGAGUGUGAGGAUGAAGAGGAGGAGGUCAAAAAAACAAAUAAUUCAGGGCUGACUGCUACAAAACAGUUUUUUCCUCAGGAGUUCCUCUUGUCUCAGUUUGCAGUGUCAGCAGGAGGAGGAGGAGGAAGGGUUCCAGAGAAGAGUCCUCCAUCAGGCUGUAGCGUACCCUCCAGACGCUCAAAGAGCAUAUACACUCCUCUGGAGCAGCAGGUCAUCCAGCUGAAACAGCAGCAUAAGGAUGCCUUGUUGGCUGUGGAGUGUGGUUACAAGUACCGGUUCUUUGGAGAGGAUGCAGAGAUCGCUGCUAAAGAGCUGAAUAUCAUCUGUCAUCUGGAUCACAACUUCAUGACGUGCAGCAUCCCCACACACCGUUUGUUUGUUCAUGUCAGGCGGCUGGUGUCCCAUGGACACAAGGUUGGUGUGGUUAAGCAGACAGAGACGUCUGCGAUCAAGGCUUCAGGGGCCAAUAGGAAUGCUCUGUUCACCCGCCAGCUCAGUGCACUAUACACUAAGUCUACUCUGGUGGGAGAGGAUGUAAACCCAGUGUGCAGACUGGGUGAUGUGGAAGAGGGGGCCAGUGGUGAUGCGGUGUUGGACCCUCCUGACAGCUUCUUGCUGUGUAUCAGUGAAAACUGGGACAAACUGAAGAAGCAGCUCACUGUAGGGCUGGUGGCAGUGCAGCCCAGCACAGGAGACGUGUUCCUGGACUGUUUCCCUGAUGGUCCAUCUCGCUCUGAGCUGGAGGGUCGUAUCCUAAAGAUCAACCCCGUGGAGAUCCUUGUGCCCUCUGACCUCUCAGAACAAACCCACCGACUCCUGCAGAGCAUCACCAAUGCCAGUGCUCGGGCUGAUGACCGAGCGAGAGUUGAGAAGCGGGUCAGUGCUCAGUUUGAGUUCGCCUCUGCUAUGAACACAGUCACCGAGUUCUACAGCCACACCCAGGAGAAAGGCUCUCGCUGUCUGUCGAGCGUGGCUUCCUUGGAGAGUCCUCUUAUCUGCUGUCUGGGCCCGCUCAUCCAGUACCUCCAAGAAUUCAGCUUGGAGCGAGUUUUGAAGAGUAAAAGCUCAUUUCAGCGUCUGUCAUGUGAAACAGGUGGGAUGAUCCUCAGUGCUGCCACCCUCAGGAACCUGGAAAUCCUCAGCAAUCAGACAGAUGGUGGUGUGAAGGGCAGUCUGUUGUGGGUGAUGGACCACACUCGCACUCCGUUUGGGAGGAGACUGAUGAGGAAGUGGGUGAGCCAGCCCCUCAUAGAUCCACAGUCCAUCUCAGAGAGGCAGGAUGCUGUGCAGGAGCUCUUAGAGUCAGACUCUCUCACUUUAAACUCCAUCAGAUCCCUGAUGUCACAUUUGCCCGACCUGGAGAGAGGCAUAUGCAGCAUAUACCACAAAAAGUGUUCCACGCAAGAGUUUUACCUCAUUAGUGGCAGUCUUUCUCACCUGGGGCAGGAAUUACAGACCUUGUUACCAGCUAUCCAGGCACAGAUCAGCUCGGCGCUGCUCCGAGGGCUCUUGUUAGACACUCCUGGCCUGCUAGCUCCAGCCCACAGCUUUCUCAAGGUGCUCAAUGAAAAGGCAGCUAAGUUGGGGAAUAAGACAGAGCUCUUCUCAGACCUGUCUGGUUUCCCAGUGCUGCAGGAAAGGAGGGAGCAGAUCCAAACGGUCCUUAAUGAGAUUCAAGACCACCGCAAAGAAAUCCGACUGGCGCUGAAGGCCCCCACACUGGACUACAUGGCUGUUUCUGGGCAGGAGUUUCUGAUUGAGGUGAAAAACGCUCUAUCAUCCAUUGUUCCACCUGACUGGGUCAAAAUCAGCUGUACCAAGGCAGUCAGCAGGUUUCACACUCCUUUCCUGGUGGAGCGCUAUAAGAAACUGCUGCAGCUCCGAGAGCAGCUGCUGCUGGACUGCCAGAGGGAGUGGACCAAUUUUCUGGAUCACUUUGGGGAGCACUACCACACCAUGAAAAGGGCUGUUAGUCACCUAGCAACCAUGGACUGUCUCUUUUCAUUGGCUGAGGUGGCUAAACAAGGGAACUAUUGCAGACCAGAGGUGUGUGAAAGUCGGUGUCAGAUCAUGAUCAGGGAUGGCAGACAUCCUGCCAUCGACUUACUAAUGGGCGAGCACAACCAGUAUGUGCCCAAUCACACUGAAUUACAGGGUGAUGGCCGUAGAACUAUGAUAAUCACUGGUCCUAAUAUGGGGGGUAAGAGCUCCUACAUCCGACAGGUGGCCCUGAUCUGUGUUAUGGCUCAGAUGGGGUCCUAUGUUCCAGCCUCUGAGGCCCGUCUGGGCAUUAUGGAUGGCAUUUACAUCAGGAUGGGGGCUUCAGACAACAUCUACAAAGGGCGUAGUACGUUCAUGGAGGAGUUGACGGAGGCCUCAGAAAUCAUUUCCCGUGCAACUGAACGCUCACUGGUCAUCCUUGAUGAACUGGGACGGGGCACGAGCACCCAUGACGGGAUUGCCAUUGCCUAUGCAACUCUGGAGUACUUCAUCAGCAAUGUGAAAGCCCUCACUCUGUUUGUGACCCAUUACCCUCCUCUGUGUGAGCUGGAGCGGCUGUAUCCUGAACAAGUGUCGAACUACCACAUGGCUUUCCUACUCAAUGAGCCUUCCACCACUACUGACAAUGGAGAGGUUUGGCCAGAGUUCAUCACCUUCCUCUACCAGUUAACUGAAGGAGCUGCAGGGCGGAGCUAUGGCCUGAAUGUUGCCCGAUUGGCUGACAUCCCAGACACUAUACUACGCACUGCUGCACACAAAUCCAAAGAGCUGGAGAUCAUGGUCAACGCCAGGAGGAAGAACAAGAGACUUCUCUCAGAUCUUUGGAACAUCUCAGACAGAUCAUCCCUCAUGGAGUGGCUGCAGUCAAACUCUUGACACCCCUACAACAGUACUUGGCACCAUCAAUUAUCACACACAUUACCUGACGUUUUACCGAGAAGAUAGAGGAAUAUACAUUCUGACAUGCUAGUAUGUAAUGUGUACAGGAUUUUCACCAUUUCAGGUUCUGGUUAUCACCAUCAUCUGUACUGUACAAGUAAUACCACCUGAUCAAAAUUUUACCUUCCAGACUAGAUGUGCCAUCAAUUUUUUUGCAAAUUAAAUAAAGAAAGAAAGACUGUUGUAAUGAGAUGGAUGUUAGCAGAGCAUCAGCAGCAGCUGUGGAGCUCAGUGUAGCACUUACAGCACUUGUAGGUCAUCCACGGUUUAAAAUAUACAAUCAUAUAAAUGGUAGGCAAACACACUUGGAGCCUAUAAAUAUGCUUCAGGCCAUGUUUACCUGCAUAGUGCAAGUAAAACACAAACCACUGUGGCACCUGUGUUAGCUGGACUGAUGAAAUAAAUGUCCUGUUGCUGCUUCUGUUCUGAGUGCAAAAUGCAGCUGAAACACUUUGUCUAGACCACAGAUGUAUUAAGGAGAACUGGAUUCCGCAUUAGAAGAUGAAGCCCACUUUAUUCCUCUGAAAGUUGCUCAGUGAUUUAGAUGCCUAAAAUAAUCUUCAUGCUUUCAAAUUCAAGCCAUAAAAAUGACCCAAAUGCCCCAUAUGCUUUUGCAUUUUAGGCUUAGAGCACAUGCACUCCCACUGGUCAAGCCCACUUGCAUGUGGCUCCCUGCAUAUGGGAUAAAAUUAAAAAUAGAUUGCCAUUGUAGUGAAUCCUAAAACCCAGAACUGAGUUAUCGGCUCAGCUAGAAUUUCCAAUUAAUUUGUACUCAAAGGAUAAAAUUCUGAUAAUAAAAAAAGAAUCAUUUCA